CGGCGUGUUGGUUUACUUUGGUGCAGAACACGUGAAAUAGGAUUUAUUUAUGUAUUUCUUCAUUUCUUAAUCCCUAUUUACGCAGAGAUAAAUAAUUUAGUGCUGAAAAUAUAAGCCAUUCUUGAUACUCAUUUAAUGUGCGAUGGUGGUAGCUCCAGAAAUGUCGAAGCCAAUACUAAAAGUUUCAGUGUCCGACGAUGAAACUUCAAGUGAUGAUCAAGCAUCAGAAGUUUCAGAGAAAGAAGAGGGGAUGGAAAUUGAAGCAUCAGGUGAAGAAAGUGGGAACUCUGCUUCAGGAGAAGACAACAGUGACGAUGAAGAUGCUGUAAUGACCAACAAAGGCUGGGGCGAUUCCAUAUCAAAGAUUCUCAGCGCCACUAAACCCAAAAAUAAGAAAACUUUGGUAUUGUCAAGGGCUAAAAAGUACUCUGCAACAGAAAAGGUAGAAAAGGAAGAAAAACCGGCAUUUGAAGUGAUUGGGGAAACUAAAGAAGAAAAGCCAGUGUUAAAGAAAGAGGAUCCAGACACUUCAGAACCAGCGCCUAAAAAGAAAAAAAAUGAAAAGCCCUCAAUAAGAGUAAAACCCAACAUAUUAGAAAAGGAUAGAGAGAGGUUAUUAAACAAGAUUGCAACUAAAGGCGUUGUGCAGCUGUUUAAUGCAGUCAGAAAUCAGCAGAAGACAUUAGAGAAGGAAAUGGACAGGAGUGAUCUAUCUGAAGCUAAGAAGGAGAAAAUCUUAAAGAAAUUUGACAAAAGAGCAUUCUUAGAUACUCUCAUGGGACAGACUAAAUCAGUAGUUGUGGAUCAGGAGACUAAAGCUCCCAAGAAUGAAGUGAAGUCUGAGGAAGAGAAACCUAGGUGGAAUGCAUUAAGAGAUGACUUUAUGAUGGGUGCCAAGAUGAAAGACUGGGAUAAAGAGUCAGUAGAUGAAUGAUUUUAUUACAUUAAUUGUAAAUACAUUAAUAAAUAAUCA